AUGGCGGAGAUCGCGUUGCUGAUGGCGGAGGAGUACGAGAGGGCACAGAAGUGGCGCAAGGAGGCGCCGGCGGAGGUCCCGGUCUGCGUUUUCUUCUCUUACCUCCCAAAUCUGAGGAAGAAGGCCGAUGGAGUUUCCUCUCCUCCGGUGGCGAAGCUGGAGGUGAGGGCCAGGAAGGCGAUCUGCGCGGGACAGGCCGCGGAGUCCAAGACCUCCUCCUUCGGUCUGGCCGCCAUGGAAGGCUUCUUCCCGGCCUGA